CCCAUCUCGAAGGCGUUUUAUAUUGGAAACAAAAGACUGUAUAAUGUAAUGCACGGUAAUGCAACUCCAUCCUGUUCAAACGUGGGAUCGGUCAAACGUCCGCGGCAGCGCCCUCUUGAGAGUGGGUCACGAGGCCCAGCGUGGUUACGUAAUCACGUGAAACGUCUUCGAAGACGUUUCACGCGCAAGAAGAAAAUGGAACAAACCGAUGGAAUAAAAAACUAAACCAACUGAAAAGUGCACGGAGAAAGCUCGGACAGGUGCAUGCGCGGAAUUGCACCGAGAGCUAGGAGAGGCGACGCGCGGACACGCGCAGCUCAAAGCAAUCCGUUUGACUCUUCACAAAACCAAUUGGGCUUCGGCAGGACACGAUUGCUGAAAGGGCUGACGGUUGGUGGUCGAGACUAAGGACGGCAGUGGCAGCCGAGCGAGGGGAGGCAUCCGAGAGAGAGAAAGCACUGCCACCGCGGAGAUGGAGCGAUGAAAUCAGCCGAUCAGCUCGUGGGCAGGCGCUCCGUGGGAUUGUUAUGUCGGAGGACGCCUGCGAAGGACGGGUUGACGGGUUCGAUCAUCACCUGAUCAUGGCAGGUGAUGAUUAUAUAAAUGCAUUACAAUGUUACCACAAUUUUACGCUGCACAGUAUUUGGUAAUGCGUUCAUAGACUCCCAUUUCGGGUAAGGCAUGUAACACAGAAUGAAGGCAACCAGAAUUACGGACUACCUCAAUUGCACCGAAUAAUGCUGAGUGACAUUUCACCCCCCUCAUCUCCCAUUUGGGUGUUGGGAACGGUUGCCAAGAAACCGAAACAAAAAGAGGCCAGGCGAGAGCAAUGCUGCUUUGCCAGCCAGCAGUGUUGCAGGGGCUAGGCUGGUUCUAGUUUUUCACCCAAACAGCCCAGGCAGGUCUGUGCAGUGAGAAUGUGUGGAUGGUAGUGGUGAUGACUGUGACAACGAUCGAUGGUCGUGGUGUGGUAGCAGUGAUGAUGAUGAUGAUGCACGCCUGGCUCUAGUGUUUUUUUAGACGAUAUCGCGACCGCUUCGUGCCGUGCCACGUGCUCUACCGUUGACCGCAGCGGUGCAUACGCAGGUGAACAGAACACGACGGAGAGGAGCAAUGUCCGUGCAGUCGGAGACGCGCCAGCUCAAGGCGGCUGUAGCCCAGUUACUAAUUGGCAGAUGGAUCAAUGAAGUUCUGAAAGGGUGGAUGCUGGGGAAGAGGCCGCAGAGGCAGAAGAAGAAAGAUGCUGCUUGACCACUCGAAGGAAAGAGGGAGCAGCAUCUGUCCGUGCAUCUGCGGGAGAGAGACUUUGAUCCACGAGUGGGACGACACCCAAGCAGUCGUGCCGUUGACCUGGCAUUUGUCCGACUGCCGCGCAGCAGAUCUCAGAACGAUGGCCCCGGGAACCCGGAGGAAAGAGCAGCCUGCCGCGGCAGCAGUAAGGUCACGGGAGGUCACGUCUCGCUGGAGAAAGAGGCGGAGAUCCUGUCCGCGUACGCCAGCUGUCUCAUAUUUAAAUCUGGAGGAAGUGUUUAUGCUGUACAGGCACCGUCCCUCGGACAGCCUCACGAGAAGAGCUGCUAAGAGGGAGAUGACCCAGCUGUCCAGCCUGUCCACACGUCCGCCAGCCAUGCUCAUGGCUCCAUACGCCCUGCGCUACGCCAAGCAGCGAGACGAGCCGAAGAAGACGAAGACCGGUGGCCGCGGGAACAAGGGCCCCCACCUCUCGCCCGUGAAGUCGACUCCUUGCUCCGAGUCUGAUGGGCCCCGUUCCGAACUGGCAUCGGGUUCCUUGGGGGUGAAACGGGGACGUGGUACCGAAGCCCGGUCCCAGGGGACCCUCCCCAGGGUGCGCAUGACGUGACCUCCACGCUGGCUUCACCGUCCCGUCUCCCUGCUAUCACCCUUACCACCCUCACCACCUUUCCCCCUCCCUUCAAUGCGAUCAACCCUGUUACCCCCUCUCCACGAUUAGGGUUCCAUGCAUACUUAAAGCCUCGAGCGAGCGUGGAGAAAUGUCAGACUGAUGAUGCUGAUGAUGAGUGUGGCCUUCUUGAUUUUGUCAAAAACCUAUCACUUGAUAAAUCUUGUAAUUCUUGAGUUUUAAGGAGGAGGAGAAGAAGAAGACAAAAAGAGAUGCAAAAUGUGACCCUAAAUGAUAUUACCGUAUAGAGUGUGAACCACGAUUCCCAAUAGUUAAAUGAGAUUGUUAAUGAAUGAUGAUAAUUACGAUGAUUGUGACAAUGAGAUUGUUAAUGAAUGAUGAUAAUUACGAUGAUUGUGACAAAAGUAUGAAAAUCCAUACAUGUGAUAUACUGUAGUUAUUCUCAUACAAGUUUGUGCAUUUAAUAUACAUUUGUGUAAUGUACCAAUGUUCCAGCUGAGCCGCAAUAUUUAAAUAAACUCAUCCUUAAUCCGCAA